AUGCAAAGUGAAAAAGAGAAUGUUCAUAGUAUAAUUAUGUAAUAAAGUAAAAAAUAAACAUAAUUAUUAGUUGAUGGAAUAGAUGAAAUCAUUUAAUAAAAUUCAUAGUCUUCAGAUAUAAUUUAGAAUGAUAAUCAAUCUGAUAAUUUUUAGAAAAUAAAAGAAGAACUAGAUGAAUUCUUAAAACUUGUUCAUGAUGAUGAUAAUUUAUUUUAAGAAGAAGAAGAAAUAAAUGAUUAUCUUAAUGAAAAUAUUCUCAAAAGUUUAAAUGAAUAAGAAAAAGGCUAAGCAAUAUAAUAUUUGAUUAGUUCUUAGUAGAAUCACAAUAAAUUUGAUUUUCUAAAUAAUGUCUUAAAAUAAAAUAAGGAAGAAAAUUGCAAUAAAUCAUUACAAUCAAAUGACAAAUAAUUUUAUUUAGAAGCUCGUAAAUAAAACGAAUAUAUUAAAAUAUUCAAUAAAUUUACUAAUCAAACAUUCAUUUAGGUUAACAAAAUCCCAUUUUAAAUUUCAUCUAAUAAAGAUAUACUUGAGAAAAUAUUACAUAGUCAUCCCUAGAAGAUAAACCUACUAUUUGAUUAUAACGAAUAUUAAGAAGGAUUAAGAAAGCUAACUUAAAUUGAGCUAUUGUAACUUCUUAUACAAUUUAUUAAUAAUACUGAAGAAAAGUUACAAUCAAUUAUUGGAGCUAUUUCAAAACGAUAAUGUUAAUAAUUUUAGACUUUUAUUAAUUGGAUCUAAAAAUAAGAUUAAAAACAAAGUUCAACUAUAUAAAAUUAGUAAUUCUUAAAAAAUCUUCUUUCUUUAGAUCUAAUUAAAAAAAAGGAAGACUUAAUAAAAUUCUUAACAUAACAAAUCAAAAAAAUACACUAAAACAAUCUUAAUUCAGAAAAUAAUUAGGAAUUAAUAUUAAGAAUAUUAGAAGAGACAUUGUAAAAGUAAAUUUGUUGUAAUAUAUAAAUAGAUUAAGUUUAUUUUGCAACUACUUUUUAUUUUUGGAUAUAGCAUUCUGAAAAAAUUGUUCAAUUUCAUUAAUAAAUUUCAUAAUAAUUAAUGAAAGUUAAAGAUAAAUUAAAAGAAAAUAUUUUUAAAACUAAGAAAAAAUAGUAUUAAAGAGAGAAUCAAUAAUAAGAUUUAAUUAAUGAUUUCUUAAUGAAUACAAUAAUAUUUUACGAAUCUGAAAUGUAGCAUUAAUUUUUAUAACUAGAUUAAAUAGAAAGUAAUUUGAAUGAAUAAAAUGAUUAAAUUAAUUUUGACUAUUUUUCAACAAUCUUUAAACAUUUAUAAAUGGAAAUUCAUAAAAAUGAUAUGAUAGAUUCAUAAUAAAAUUUUAUGAAUUCUUGGUAGCAACUUUAAUAACUAUAGUUCUAUCAAAUUAAACUUGAUGAAAAUAAUUAAACCGAAAAGUUUCUUAUCCAAAUACUCUGGAUUAAUCGUUAAGAUAAUAUCAUUUAUGAAAUCUUAAAAGAUAUUCCUAGAUAAGAAUCAGAAUUAAUUUAUUUCCUUUAUAAACUUGAUGAUUUAAAUAAGAAAAUGAAUUAUAGAUUUUAUUAUCUAAUACUGGAUAUUUUGGAACUUAUCAUAAUUAAAAAUUAUAAAAUUUGUUAAACUAUCAAAAUUUUUUAAGAUUAAUUUGAAGAUUUAUAAUCCUUUAUAUGUGUAGAGAAUUGUAUCAAACUUUAGAAAAUGUUAAUAAACAAUUCUCAGAAUAUUCUGGAUGAAGGUGUUAAAAUAUUGAUGGAAAUUUUUUGUGAUUUGUUAAGGAAAUCAAAAUCUAGUUCAAAAAAAGAAUAAAGGUAUUUUAAAUUUUUAGUAACUCUUGGCGGAGAAGAUUAUGGCAAAUAAUUCUUAAUGUUAUAUCAUAGUUAUGAAAAUAAUGAAAAAAAAAGAAAUAUUAUUAAUUUUGUGAUUAGACUUUAAUUUUUCAAGAAAAAUGGAAAUUUAGACUCUUUUAAAUAAUGUUGCUAAAAUCUGUUCAUGCUAGAUGAAGAUAUUUAUAAUCAAUGCUAUGAUUAAUUUAAUGAUAAAACUGAUUUUUAAAUCACACCUAUAUUUUUCAAACAUAAAAAACUACAUGAAAAAUAUCCAAAUAAUAUCAAUAUUUAAAUUGAAUAAUUUAAUCUUUCUAGAAUUGAUAAGAAAUUUAAUAAUUAAAUAAAAGAAUGGGUGUCUAAUUUAAAUAAUAGUGAACACUUUUUGUCACUUCUUCCAUUUUUAUUUGAUAUUAUUAAAAGAGGAGAAUCAAUAGAUCCUUUACUUGAUUAAGUUAAUAAAAAGAUAUCAAAUUAAAACAAAGAAUAUAUGAAUUUUAAAGUCAUCUUUUAAAUUUUAUAUAAUAAUUCUGAGAAACAACUUCAGAUGCUACUAUUAAAACAUUUAUCCUUUUAUUAUCCUAUUCCGUUUUUGUACUAAAAUCCCAAUGUAGAUAAUAUAUCAGUCGUAGAAGAUUUAUAUUUGAUAAAUCCUCAUAUCUAUUUCUUUAUAAAAAAACAAUAUAGUAUUAUCAAUUUCUCUUUUAGUAAAAAUUAAACUUAAAUUGGUAAGACUGAAUUAAUCAAUAAUGUAUUUUAUCGAAGAGAUAAAUUUAGUAUUUAAGAUACUAAUGAAUUAAAUAAAAAUACUAUCGAUCUGAUGUUUGAUUGUGAGUUUAAUGGAUCUAGAAAUUUAUUAAUUGCUGACACUCAUGGAUAUAUUCCAUAUUUUUAUUUGUUGAAAAUAUUACCAUUAUUUAGCUUAUGGAUAAUAUAGAUGGAUACUGAAGAAGAGUUAAAAGAGAAUCUUGAAAAUAUUAAAUAAUUAAAUAGUUAAAUCAAUACAAAAAAUCAUAAGAUUGUAUUAAUUGUGAGAAACUCAUAAAAUAAAUAAAUAGAUUAAUCUCUCUUGAAAGAUUUAAAAAUAUAUAAUAUUUAAAUAUAAUAUAUUGAGAAUUUAGCUUCAAAAGGUAUUAAUAAUUAAUUAAUUCAAUAAAAAAUAAAACAUAUACAAGAAUAUAUUUUUUAAUUGAUAAUGAAUAAUUAAGAAUAUAAACCAUUUAAUAAAGAAAAUUUUAUUUAAAUUUUAAAAUUGGAAGACAGGGAAGGAUUAUAAAAGUUAGAAACAACAGUAUAAGAAAUCAAAAAUGAAUUGGUAGAAUUUUUUAAUCAGCCAAAAGGAUUGUUUAGUUAAAAAGCAUUUCCACAAAGAUAUUUUGAUCAAAUUAUAAAAGAAUUGAAAGAAAAAGAAUAAAAACUUUAUGAAGAAUCAAAUUAUUGUUUUAAUCUUGAAAUUGAAGACAUUAUGAAUAAAAUUGAAAAAUAUGAGAAUUAGUAAAAAAAAUAUAAACCAACUAAAUUAGUUCAAUUAUUUCAAUAAUUAAUUUAAUUAUAAAAUUAUACAUCCUAUACAUACUUAGUUUAAGCUUUAUAUGAUUUGAAUAAUGAUUCUACAUAAAAAUUAUCAAUGAAAAAAUAAGAUUUAUUAGAUUAAAUUCAUAUUCAUUAAGUUUAAAAUAGAGAAGAUAAAGAGGGUUUCAAUAUAUUAAAAUAAAAUUUAGAAGAAUGCGAAAUAGAACUCUAAUCUAAAAGCCUAAGUAUUGAUAUAUUUUGGAGAGAACUUAUCAAGUAAAAUUCUUUAAUAAAUUAAUCACAAGAAUUAACUGAUUAAAUUUUUAAAUUGUUAAUGAAAGGUGAAUCAUUUGAGUUCUUGGAUGGAGAAUAAUUUAGAAUGGAUAUUAAUAUUUUUAACCUUUUAGUAAAAAGUAUUGAAAAGAUAAAUAAAAAUAAUAAAGUACUUGUUAUUGGAAUCUUGGGACCUUAAAGCUCAGGUAAAUCUACUAUUUUAAACAAAAUUUUUGGAUGUCACUUUUUCUCAAGUGUUGGAAAAUCAACAAAAGGGAUAUAUUUUAAGAUGAUUCAAAUAAAAGAAAAAUCAAUGUUUGGAAAUUAAUUUGAUUAUAUUUUAAUAUUAGAUACAGAAGGAUUAUAGAGUCCAACUUAAAAGGACCCUUUAUUUGAUAAAAGGAUUUCCCUAUUUAUUUUCACUAUUUGUGACAUUAUUUUAAUUAAUGUUAAAGGGGAAAUUAAUUCUUAAUUUAAAAAUCUUGUAGAAAUAUGUAUUUAUACAUUAGCUUAAAUUUAAAAUGCAAUAUCUAAUACAAAAUAAAUUAGUUGGUGUUUUAAUUAAAAUAUUGAUACAUAAAACAAAUCUCCUUUUAUUGAUUAAUUAACAUAAUUAACAACAUAAUUGUUUCAUGAGGAUGGAUUGUUUGCAAAAAAUAAAGAUUAACAAUAGAAUAUAUUAGAGUUGAUAGAAAUUAAAAAGGAAAAUAUACAAAUUUUAAGUACUACCGCAACUUAGGAGACUUGGAAUAUAGAAGGAUUAAAUUAAUGUUGGACAUAAUUUAUUCCAAAUGAAUCAUAUUCUAAGGAUGCUUAUAACUAUGGCAAAAAAUUAAUUGAAAAUUAUAUUCAAAAAUGCAAAAACAAACUAUAAAGCUUUUAAGGUUAAUUUCUAGGUAAUUUUUUUUUUAAUUCAUACAAAAUGUGGGAAACUAUUUAAAAAUUACCAGAUUUGUUGGAGUUUUCAGAGUUGAUCUAAUUAUAACAAAAUUAACUAGUUUCUGAAUUUUAUUAUUAACUUUGGAAUGAAAACAAAUUAACAUUCAAAUCAUAAAUACCAAUCUUAAUAAAGUAAAAAAUUGAAAAUUUUAAUUGUGAUUUAAAUUUGAAAAACUUUUAAGAAAUUAAAAAUGAUUUAGAAACAAAUUUAUAUAAUGAUUUUGAGAUCAAAAGGAAAAUAUUUGAAAAAAAACUAAAAUAAUUCAAAGAAGAAAAAAAUAUUCAAAAAAAUAUUUAUUAAAAAUUUAUAUAAAAAUUAUAAAAUGAAAUUUAAAACCUUUAAACAGAAUGCAGUUUUAUUAUUUAAGAAUAAAUUAAAAAUCAUGAAAUCAACUUACAAAAAAACCAAGGUUUUAAGGAGAUUAAUGAUUAUAUCAAAGAUUUAAGUAAAGAAGAUAGAAUAAAAUUACAGAAUGAUGAAAAAUCAAUCGACCAAAUAUUCUAACAUUUAUGGGGGAACAUAAAAAUCAAAUAUCUAUAAGAAAGAAAAAAAAUUAAUGAUGAAACUUAAACUGCAUCAUUAAAAUAAAUAAAAAGCUAUUUUCCAUAAUAUUAGCUAAAUAUUGAGAACGAUCAUUAAUUUUAAAUCUUUUUACGUGAAAAAAUAAAUAAAUUUGAUCUAUAAGAAACAGAAAAAACAGAAAUUUUUGAAAAAUAUUAAUAAGAACUUAAGUAAAAUUAAUUUGAAAAAUUAUCAAAGACUAAUCUAUUUAAUAUAAAUUUUGAAAAUCUGAGCAUAAUUGAAAAAAUAAAAAAAUCUUCAUGUUUGUUUUUAUCUUUAAGUGAACUAAUUAAAAUAAAAUUUAAUUUAAAAAUUUUACCUAAAUAAGAUUUAUAAACAUAUAUCAAUAAUAAUUUUAAAAAGGAUCUUAAAAAAGCUGAAGGACAAAAGAAAAAAAUUUUUAAUUUAUUGAAAAUCCUUGAAUUAUUUUAAGUAAAGCAUGACUUGAAUAAAAAAAAAGAAUUAUAAGAAUGUAUUUCCAAUAAAGACAAUUAAGGAUAUUAAAAUACUUGUGAUUAAUUUAUAUAAACUAUUUAAGAUUAUGAUUUAAAUAGAGAAUUUUAGUUUUCAAACUAUGAUCAAGAAUUGUGUGAGAAAUAUAUGUAACCUUAAGUCAAAAUCAAACAUAUUAUAAUAAAGCAUGAAGAAAUAAAUAAGGUAACAUAAGACAAUAUUAUUAUUUCAUAAAAAAUAGAGAAUAUAGAAAGCACUGUUUUUAAUAAAGAAUAUUUGCAAUAUAUUGUCUCUCCUUAAAAUUAUAAAUUUAAGGAAUCAUUUUCAAUAGAAUUUAAUCAAUUGCUUUGUAAAAAUGGAAAAUGGAUUCAUAUAUAUUCUGAGAUAUAUGAUUAUAUCUCAAAAUAAGUCUUGCAUUUUCCAAAUAAUAUAGAAAUUAUUUCUAAAGAUCUAAUUUAAAGUAUUAUGCAAUCAAUAAUUGAUUAUCUGGAAAAUCAUUUUUCAAUGUAAUUUUCUUUUUAUGGCCUAUAAUUAUCAGAUAUUGGAGAAAGAUGUAUAUAUUAUUACAGUUUAAACUUAAUUUGGAGAUUUUAUUGUUUAAGGAUUUGGAGAUAGCAAGAAAAAAAUGAAUAAGAAUUUGACAAAAGCAAAUAGGACUAAUAUUAAUCAUUCAAAAAUGAAAUAUAAUAGCAUAAAUUCAAUUUAAGUUAAUAAAGAGGGGAAUUGCUUGCAAAUUAUUUAAUUAGUUAAUAUUAAUAUAUUUUUUAUUCAGAGAAGAGAAUUGAAAUUGAGGAUUAAAUUAUGUAGGAGCUAAAAUAAAAUUAAAAUUUAGUACAACAAUUAGAUGAUAAAUUAUUAAGCUAAAGGUUGCAAAUUGCACUAUUAAAUAAGAUGACAUAUUAAGAAUAAGUAGUAGAAUAUUUGACAAAUUAAUUAAAGUUUAUAUAAACUUAUGUUAAAGAGUAUAUGGAGAGGAUAGAAAAAGAAAUUAGGUUAAAAUACUAAGAAUUAUUUAAUCAAGAAUUAAGAAAUUCUCUAAUAAGAGUCGAGAAGAAUGGUAAUAUAUUAUUGAAAAAUCUUUCUGAUUAAUCUAGCAUUAUAAGCUAUUUUCAAAAAUCUAUUAGAAAUAGGUUCUAUGAAAAUAAUGAUGAAUAGGAGAAAAAAUUAGAAAUGGAUCUUGAAAAAAAAUUAUUUAAUUUGGUUUUUAAUUAUCUAUUAGAGUAUGAAUAAAAUGAAUAAGAAAUCCAAGAAUUAGAUGAUUAAUACAAAUAUUACUUUAUUCAUCCAUAAAAAGAAUAAAGAAAAAUAUUUAUAAAUUAAAGCAAUAAUACAGAUAACUAAAUAAAUCAUAUGUAAGGAUUUAUUUAAUCCUUCCUUAAUACUAUAAAGAACAGAGUAUUCAACUUUGACUUAGAAUAAUUUUCAAUUCAUGAAAACCUAAACUAAUUAAGAAUAGCAAUGAUUGGAUGCACUUAAUGUUGUCCAAUUUGUAAUAGAAAAUGUGAUUUAGAUCCAGAUUUUCUUCCUCAUUCUUGUUUUUAGGGUCAUUAUUUAAGAGGUAUUAUUUUAUUAACAAUUAGGGAUGAGAGGUAUACUAUUAGGUAAUAGUCCAUCUUUACAGAGUUGCGAAGAAAUAUAUGAUGAUUAAAUCAUUAAUAUUAAAGAAACUCAGGAAAAUAUCAAGUGGAAAAAAAUUAAGGUAAUAUACCCAAAAUGGAAUUUCAAAAGUGAAAAUAGUUAAUAAAUAUAAUAAAAUAAAAUUAGAUUGAUGAAAAUUUGGAGUAGUGAAAUUGGAAAAUUGAUAUGCAAUUAAUUAAAUAAAAACUAGAAUAUACCAAUUAAUUAUAAAAGUAAGAUAGAAAUCAAAAAUGAAAAAAAAAUCUUCUAUAUUUUUAUACUUGAUGAUUCUUUUUCAAUGGAGGGGUAAAAAGGUUUUGAAAUGAUGGAAUGCUUAAGAAAAUCAAUUAAAUUUAUGAAAUCAAAUAAGUAGGCUAAACUCAGUGUAAUUUCAUUCAAUUAUAAAGCCAAAUUAUAAAUUGAAUACAAAAAACCAAAAGUUAAAUUAAUAAAAUAAAUUAUUUUAGUAGGAGGGAUUACCAAUUUUGACCCACCUUUAAUACUAAGUUUAGAUUAAAUUAAAAAAUUCCAAGAAGAAGUUAACAAGUAAAUAUUUUCAUAAAAUCUAGAAUAUAAAUUCUAAUUUAUUCUGAUGGGGGAGGUUCAUAUCCUUAGAAUAGUUUAGAUCAAUAUAAAGCUUUAGAUUAAUAAUUAAGAAAUAAAAUAUCAUUUUUGAUUUGUACAGCUGAGAAGAAACCUAUAAUGUUACUCGAAAUGGUUAAGUAAUUAGAAUAGUCAUUCAACAUAGUGCAAUUGAAGCACAACAUUUAGAGUAAUGAUCUAGGUCAAUGUUGGAAUGAAGUAAUAUUACAAGGACAGCUAGAUUAAGUUUAAUGA